AUCAGUUAACGCUUAUCAACAAACCAACGUUGAAUUGUACGCAAUGGUAGAAUGUUGGCUUUAUAAGUCUUUACACCGAGACUAUCUGUUACUAGUUUGUGCUAAUUCGGGAACUCAUUCACACCCAUUCAUAGCAAACAAAAAGAUGGAUACUGCACAUUUUGAAACCAAUUUCAAGCACCUGAUGUCCAUGACACAGCAGAUCAACGACGAGACAACGCUGCAUGAUUUAAUCAACCGUGUUGUAGAUGGCGGACCACACGACCAACCAAUCCAUGUGCUGGAGGUGGAUAGUGUAGUGUUAAAGUACACCGAAUGGUUGCGCCAAAUGCCACGAGUGAAGCAAUAUUAUGCAAUCAAAAGUAACGAUACGGAUGUGAUCGUGAGAACGGUUGCUCUUCUAGGCGGUGGAUUUGAUUGUGCUUCCCAGCCGGAGUUGGAACGUGUCCUCGGAUUGGGUGUUCCGCCGGAGCGUCUUAUCUAUGCACAACCGUCGAAAAGUGUUGCAUCGCUAAAACUAGCUCGACAAAGACGCAUCAGAACGGUGUUUGACAAUGAAUUUGAGCUGGAAAAGAUUGCCAAACAUUAUCCCGAAGCAGAGUUACUGUUGAGGUUUCGUUACGAUUCGACCAACAGCAAGAUCAAUCUAGGAACAAAGUUCGGCUGCAAUGCUAAUGAGGAAGCCCAUCAGCUGCUUGAUCGGGCACGCGAACUUGGAAUGAAUGUGAUCGGAUGGUGCUUUAACGUCGGUUCCAUGAGCUACGAUGCGGAGGUGUUUUAUGGUGCAAUUCGCACCGGUCGCUGUAUAAGCGAUUAUGCCGCAUCGAUCGGGUUUCAAUUUCGCGUGCUUGACAUUGGCGGAGGGUUUGUUGGUGAUAAGGAUGAUAACGUUGCACGCUACGCUGAUUACAUUAAUAGAGCGCUAGAUGAGUUCUAUCCCGACAGUUCGUUGGAAGUGUUCGCCGAACCUGGACGAUAUUUAUGUGCUGCUGCGGUCACAAACAUAGCCGUAGUGCAGGGUAAGCGAUACUUCCGCAAUGGGUCAGCAAUCGACAGCGUCGGAUACUACUUGAACGACGGAAUCUAUGGCACGUUCUAUAGUGCGAAAUAUCGCGGCCUGGAACCAAAGAUGGUGAUAUGGAAAGCACGCGAAGAAUGUGGUCCCGAACGGGAAUCGAAACUUUUUGGACCAACGUGUGAUGGGAAUGAUUUUUUUAUGGCUGGAAUACGGUUACCUGAGCUAAAUAUUGGUGAUGCGCUAGUGUUUGAUACGGAGGGCGCAUAUGCCACUGUACACUCUUGUCGCUUCAAUGGUUUCAUGUUGCCGAAGGUAGUACCGUACAUACGGCACAGUGUUGUAGCAUUGUUGCAAAAUCUUAAAUCAUUAAAAGACGAUGUACAGUUGAUCGAAAAAGCUCUGCUAAAUGAUGCAUUUAUGAAGACAUUAAGUAAAACUGUAAAACCUUUAAAGUUUUGUAAAAAAUAGUUCGCUGAACAAAAUAAAACAUAAUUGUGAACAGGAAUCGUACACAAAAAAAAACAAGUCAAAACAAAAAAAUCUUAUGUCGACUCAAUGAGCUUGCUGGUGUAACAAUUGUGUUUGUUUUGUGUUCCAUUUCCUGAAGUUGACCUUUUUUACUGAAAUUGAACUGCCGUUGCUGUUUACCGAUCGCUCCCGCCUGAUAAUGUCAAGAAUUAACGUAAUAUACUUUAUUAUUUAAAUUUAUACGCCCCGACACACUGGUAGGUGGCAUCUGGAGCAGACCAGGACCGCUAAUCGUAGGGGACACGGAAAGCGUAAGGUGGCAAGGGACGGUAAAAACGUACUGUACAUAAAAUGCUUUUACACCCGUCCCUUCUCAGCGUUUGCAAAGGGAAAUAAUUGUUUCGGUUUUAUACGGCUGAUCUUGGCUUUAAUGGUAAGGGUUUUGCGGUAAGCCUUGGUAACCGAUAGGUCACAGUGUAAUGCCCUGCUGAAUGCACCAUAUGGGCUUGCCCUUGCGAUGCGGUAGUUCUUUACGAUGGCAUUCGUCGGAUCACGGUGCGACCGCGUAUGAUUCGCGAUAAGAUCUAUUUUCUGUUUUCCGUAUGCAUGGAGCAUCCAGGGGAAGGGUACGCUUUUUUCAUCUUUUUUUUCUUUCCUUUGAAUGUACGCAAUAGUUUACUGCUCGUUGAACUGCUAUGGGCAAGCGGACAGUCGGUAGAGCAGAUGAUGUUUACCACAACGUGAUGAAAUAUAAGUGGAUAAUUUUUUCAACAGCAGUUAUAGGAAUACAUUGUUAUUCUAAUAAGCAGAAAAAAUAUCCAUAAUACAUUUCUAUAAAAUAUAAAAAAAAAACUAUAAUAAAAGCAACGUUUUACCCACGCGCAGUUUGAUAGUAUUGCUCAUAAUAUUAAAGGAAAACUAGUGCAUAACCGAUGAUGAACAUCUGUUGUAAAGCAACUUAAACGUUUGGAUGUACCUAUUUUAUUUGCUAAUGGUUGUUUUUUUUCGUACUCAUUUUCCAACUUUAUCUAGAAAACCGAAAGCGUUUGAAAAGGGUGAAGAUGUCCCCUACUAUCUAUUUGAUGGUUCGAUUAAAUAUGCUCUGCUACAAUUAGAUAACACAGAAAUGUAGACAAAUCAUCAAUAUCCGGCCCGUACUGUAGCGUUGAUAAGUUGUGGCAGAAUUAAAAUCUCAUUAAUGCACUACAUUUUGAACAUUUGGACAAACAAUUUCUCAUGCCUUAUUUUUGUUCUAAAGUAGUUGUGUGCCCGGGACCCUUCAUUGUGGUUGUGCAUUUAUGGGUAAUCAAUGAAAUAAACAUAGCGAGAAAUGUAUUUUUUUAUGUUAAAGUAAUUUGGUCAUCUUUGUAAACGAAUAAACGAACUGUAGAAUAAUUAUUUCUGUUUAUAUUUAUCUUGAAACGAAAUAAUCGCAAAUGAAUACAAAUCGUCUGUUAUCAUAUGUACGUUAUUAGGAGCUUAAUUAAUUGUUCGAAAUUUACAGUUGUUUAACAAAUGGUCACUACUUCUUCUUAAUCUAAUAUAUCCUCCUAAAGUGUUAAGUCCUUCAAAUAUUUUAUUUAUUCUGAUAGAACGGGCCAGGCCGUAUUGAUACCAAAUAUAAUUGUUUUUAUGAAAUCAGAAAGUUAUUACCAAAGAAAAUAAUGAUGGUGGGAUUUAAAUUUUCUUAAAUUUAUAAUUUAUUUAAUGAAAAUUGCAUCAUUGGUUAAAAUAAACAUAAAUAAGCUUAAAUUUAUCAUAAAGUCGUUUGGGAAGAAGGAGAAACAAAAUAAAACCGUGAAGAAUACUUUCAUUAUGUGAAACAUUUGGGCAACAGAAUUUAUAGAACAAAAAAAAACAAGCACAAAUGUUGUUGGAAAAGAGACUCAAGCAUUUAAACGGAGCAGAAUGCAAUAACAAUAAACACUUGUUCCUCCUUUGCAAUAUGCUGCACUUGCCACCAGGCCUGAAGUGCAUG